GUCUAAACAAAAGUAUACAAUUUUUAGCAAAAACGAUCAAUCGAUUGAUAUAGUCUAUGCAUUCAAAAAUGAAAGAUGGUAGGUUUGACCAGGUUUGACUUUGAGGUUUGAGCUGCGCACAUGGUGUAGGUUGUUUUAAAUUAUUGCAAAAUGAAGGAAACAAACACAGUUAAUGGCACGAUUCUUGAUUGCUUUACAAGGCUCAGGAGCGAAACUGAAUCUGAAAGAACAGAUGCUGGAAUUGCCCUCUUAAAGUAUUUAAUUCAACAAAAUUCAGAGCAAGAUGAUAAUCAAGAAUUUGAAUAUGGUAUGAAAAGACUUAUUCGAAGCUUAGGUGGCUCGAAAACAACUAGAAUAGGUUCUUAUACAACUUUAGCAACUUUCUUAAUGCUGAACCCUGAAAUAUCUAUAAAAAAAUUUAUAUCUAUAGUGAAUACUGAAUUACAUCCAGUAAAUAGUAACAGUAAAAGUGAAAAUGCUGAUAUCUAUAUGGGACGUAUAUUAGCGUACGGAGCAUUAAUAAGAUCUAAAGUACUUUCAAAUAGUACUGUUGAAAAACAGUUAGAAACUGUGCAAGAUCUUAUUAAUGCAGGCAAACAGCGUAGUUAUUUAUCAUUUGUUUCUACUUCAUUUCUUAUUGAGUUUAUAAAUCAAGUUGAUUCUAAUUGUAUUAAAAAGUCAGUCUGGCCAGUUAUUGAAAAUGAGUUUGGUAAGCCAUGGACAGAGCAAACAUUGGAUUCAUUCUAUACUUUAUUAGUAGUAAAGAAUAAGUGUCCAUCACUUGUGAAUCAUGAAUUUUCAAAGAAAUAUUUUGGUACAAAAGGAAUUAUUACGGAACAAUCUAUGAGUGAUAUAGUGAAAGUAUUAUUGGAUUUACCCAGAAUCAUAUCAUGUCACCAUCCAAUAUUCAAGCUGUUCUGUGAGAAUAUAAUAUCAACUAAACUUGUUACUGAGUUUUGGUCGUGUGUAGACCAACAAUUUGUAAGACCAUCGAAGCCUGAUGAAUAUUUGGCUAUACAGCUACUCAAAUUCAUGUUAUCAAAUAUUGUAGAUAAAUCUAUGAUUCCAUCGUUAUUGUCACCAAAUUACAUGCAAUAUAUGUUGAAAAAAUUCUCUGAAUCUAAAAAACAUAAUAAGGAUGAAGUACUUCUCGGAUUUAAAGAAGUAUUAAAUUUGCUAGUGUCAGCUAUAAAUAGUGACAGUACUAAGCUAAAAACACAGAUUACGGUAUUAAAGAAAUUAAUAUUGUAUCCAGGUGAUUUAAUGAUUGAGAAAAAGACAGGUAUAAAAAUAAUACAAAUACUUACUGGUAAUAUGAAUUCCGAUGGUGUUAAGAAAGUAUCAAACAUAUAUAGAGAUAUAAUAGAAAAUAGUACUUCCAAGGAGAAACGAAAUACUAAAGCAGAAUCGUUUUGGACAAACGCUGAAAGAAUUUAUGCUGCUCAUUUAUUAACAAGAUUAAUGGGUCACCCUAAAAUGCUUGAAGAUAAGGAAUGGAGAAUAGAUCAAUUGAAAUUCCUGUUUAUGUAUGGAUUAUGUGAGAUGCCAAAUGUUGGCAUAGAUCUUGCUCUACAAUUAAAGGAGACAUUUUAUCGUGCAUUAGAUCACAAGUUGCAGAAGUUGGACGAUUUGCGGCAUGUAUUAAGUGAAAUAGUUCAUUUUUUGAAUAUUCAUAUAAAAAAUGAGAGUUUGAAAUUACGAAGUCCAUUGACGGAUGAGGCAAGCAAAUCUUGGGAAAAAGUAAUACGUUUAAUUGAAAAAUUAGAAAAGAACUCAAAAAAGAUAGAAGCAGUACCAGUUUUUCACACAAUGAAUUUACACAUGGGCUUACAAUUAUUUUCUGAUCCAUCAAUGGCAAUUACAGCCAUUGAUGAAUUACAAAGUUGUUAUGAGAGGCUGUUAAAAAAAUCGGGAAAAGCUAAGACGGGUAUUAAGAAAGAAAAAGACGAACCAGAAUGGGUAGAAGUAGUUGUUGAUUUAUUAUUGUCUUUUUAUUCAAAGAAUAGUCAUUUAUUACGGUCAUUAGUUGGAUGCGUUUUUCCACAUAUAUGUCCUUACGUGACACCAACUGCUAUACAUCAAAUAUUGGCGGUGCUAGAUGUAAGAAAUGAAAAAGGACCACUUGUAAAGAAUGGUCUCGAUGACUCUGACUCUGAAGAAGAAGACGACGAAGAAAAUAGUUCGUGUAGCGAAUCAAAUUCUGAUAUUAACGAUGAGGAUAUUAAUGAAAGUUAUGAAACGGAAACUUCUUCAGACAGUGACUCUGAUUCAAAUGAGGAAUCAAUGAACGAAGAUGAAGAUGAAACUAUAACUGACAGGCUACGAAUGGCAGUACGUCAAGCACUUGGUGAUGCUUCUGCUCAAACUGACGAUGAAGAUGUAGACGUUGACGAUAUUAACGAAGAAGAAGGGAAGCGAUUAGACGAAUCAUUAGCGGCAGCGUUUAGGAUUCUUCGAGAAAAUCGUCAAUCACGAUCUAAAAAGCAAGAAAAAUCAGCUCAAGCUCUAACACAUUUUCGAGUUCGAGUCAUAGAUUUAUUAGAAACUUACUUAGAAUCUUCUUCGUCAAUGGCUGUUGUACUUGAUAUGAUACUUCCUCUUUUUGCAUUAUUGGAAUACUGCAUAAAGGAUCCUCAUCAGAAACCACUCUUAGAUCGAGUCCGAUCUUGUUUAAAAACAUUAUCAGCAGUAAAGAAAUUUAGAGAUACAAAUAAUGUUGAUGAAGAAUUAUUGACAGUAAUAUUAAGGUCAUUAAUGGAGAAAGGAGAAAGAACUACGUCAGUUUACCAUGAAAUGAGUGAUAAAUUAGCAGAAUGUUGCACAUUCCUUGUGAGGUGUGCACAGCAAGCUGAUGUAUCUACAGAGACUAUAGUUCAAAUUUAUGGAGAAAAUUUGACAGCCUUCUUUAAAAGAAGAGACUGUGUGCUGUCGCCUUUGUUGUUCAGAAGUAUCUUACAAUUACAGUGGGAAGGAAACUGGCAAUUAACACCUUUGCUGGUGGACUUCGCAUUUGAUAGUAGCGUAAGAUCUUUCCGGCGGGGAUAUGCGCUCGAAUUUUUAAUACUUUUCUACAAUAACAGUCGGUUAGUACAUUUAGAUACGGAACAUUCUGAUAUAAGAAUGGAAAUGGAAAGAAAGUUAUCCAAGCACACUAUUAACACACUUGAAGAAUUGUCUAAUGUACAUAAAGUAAAGAAUCAGCAAAUUAAUACAAGCAAUGGUAAUGAAAUAGGGAAAGAAGUUAGGCAAAGAUAUAUUUGCUCACUUUUAACGUUGUUAAGAAGUGUUUAUCUGCAUCAUUUACCACAAGCAUGGAAUUGGAAUGAUGUUGCAAAUGCACUCAAAACAUAUAGAAAUAAUGUGUCUCUUGCAAAAGAUACAAAGACAGCAUAUAAUAGGCUAGCAGUACAGAUUGGAAUUCUACAUAAUGCAUUAUCGAAAAAAAUUAAACACGUACAAAAUACUACGAUCAAUGGACAUGGAGGUGCAAACAGCGGAAAAGAUAAUUUAGAAUUAAAAACAAAAAAAAGGAAAAACGUACAGAAUGCUACGGUCAAUGAAGAAACACAGAAUGGUAUAGACAAUUUCAGACAGUCAGAUAAUACAGAGGAAAAUGAAGAUGUACAAAAUGACUCAUAUGAUACUGAAUUGGAGGAGAAUGCAGUGAAGAAAAAGAAUAAAAGAAAACAAAAAGACAAACGACAAUUAAAAAAGGAAGCACGGAUGCUGCGUGAGAAAACGAUUUCUGAAGGUUUCGAACCAUUCAAUUUUAGCUCUUUCGUUUCAUGUAACGAAUCAAAUGGGGAUAUGCCACUUCAGAAUGGAGAUUCUGAAAUUACAGAGACUAGUCCCAAGCCUUCUAAAAAGAGAACGCAUAAGGGUAUACCAGAUAGUAAUAAAGUGAAAAGGAGAAAGCAUAUGCAAGAUGCUUAAUAUACGAAACAAUUAGAUUAAUAUUAUUAUUUUUAUAUAAACAUUUACAAAAUCAUGUAUCGAAAAGUUUGUACAGCUUUGAAAUGUAUAAAAUAAAAACCUUAAGAUAAGGCA